AUAUAAUAAUGAUAAAAUAAUAAUCGCCCAUAAUAACAAUUAAAAGAACCAAAAUAAGGUUAGGUAAUUUCUUGGGGUUUAAAAUUUUUUUUACUAUUUCUUUCUAUUAAUAUAUAAAUCUAUUUUACAUGUUAUCUAAUUAGGAUUUUAGGUUAAAAAUUAAGUUAAGCAGGAACAACAAAUGAAAGGUUUUGGUUUAAUUAAUUUUAAUGAAUAAAUUUAUAAUGAAGUCCGAAUAGAAGUUAUUUAUCUGGGAUUAUGAACAGCGGAUUUGAUGCAGUGACCUGAAUUCUUAGUGGACCAAUGGGAUCGCCAAUAAACAUGGUUUUGCUCGUGGCGAUCAUGGAAGGGUGGGGCAGCGGCCACUCCACACCCUGGGGUGAGCCUAAAGAUCACUAGAAUAUUUUGUUUGAGAUUUCCUUUCUUUUUAAUUCUAUUUUUUUUCCGGUCUAUCUUUCUCUUUUUCUUCAAGAUUAUUUGUUGGCUAUUCGCACGCGAUUUUAGUUUAUUUGUUUUAACUUUCAAGAGCACGUAGUAUUACAGUACUUAAAAUCUAACACAGCCCAUUGCCGACAACAUAGAGCCGGAACCAGCGCGUGCCACUGCUACCACUACGACAAUUACAUCUGCUCGCAGUAUAACGAAACUUUGUUAUAUGUUACAAAUAAAUAAUGGCGCCCAACGUGGGGCCAGAUCCGGCAUGCUCCAAAUGAAUAAUAAAAUUUUAAUCGGUCACUUACAUCUUUCGACCGCGUCCAAAUAAUCUUGAUGUUCUUAUUUCUUUUGGUGACUCAGUUACAAUGGAUUUUCUAGUACCUUGUAUGACGGUGCUAUUACCAAGUAACACUCGCAUGUAAUUAUGAGCUAGACGCUGGAUUAGGUAAUAAACUUGGAUCGUGAGUGGCAGGAAGUGAAUUUGAUGCCGUUUGCCUUUUCAUCUUCGGCUGUGCUUCGUGUCCAGUAAGGUAAACUUAGCUUCGCUCCUGUUUAGUAUGGAUUUAGGUAUAUGGGUGAAUAAACCAUACCCUACCGUUAAACAGGUUACCAUUUUUGUAUUUCCUGUUUCCUUUCCAGCUUAGAGCUAGAGUUGUGGGUGAAUAAACUACACUCUACCCCUGAUAAAACUCAUUCUUAUCUAUUUUCUUACUAUUUUCUUCCCUUUCAUUUUCUAUCUAAUCCUAAUGGCAAUCUAAACAAAGUUAAUAGUCGAAACUGCUCAUUGAAGUGAUUCAUAAUCCCUAGAUAUUUUUAUGCAUUUAUAUAGAACAAAAAAAAAAAAAAAAAUAUAAACACCUAUAAUAAUUAUACCAUAACUGUCGAAAAAAAAAAAAACCCCUUUCUUUAAAGAAAACAAAAUGCCGUUGUCUCGUAGUUAUGAACACCUUCAACAAGAAACUCAUUGCUAUAUUUGUUUGCAACCUAUCGAAUACACUGCCCAGUUAUUGUCUACAAGCUGCAAUCAAACCUUCCAUUGGGUUUGUUUCAAUACAAAAGUUACCAAUCGCGACCGUUGUCCAGUUUGUAAAGCGUCCUUACAAGCUUCUUUACUUAAUUUAACUGUAAACACUGAAUUAAGUCAGUCAACACAAAGUCUUCCAGGGACCUCGCGCAUAAAUACUCGUGUUGAAGAACAGAUAGGGGUAGACUCUAGUCCAGGAACGUUAAAUAUGGAUCAAUCUAACGAAAUACCGACAUCAGAGGAUGCAAACAAUAGGAAUAUGUCUCCAGGUCUAAAUGAUAUGCAGCAGAUAACCGAGGCGAUGGCCGUAGCAACGGCAAAACAGACUGAACGUUUAGCGCAGGUUUUACACACCGGGCUGCAGAACAUUUUAUCGACACUUUCAACUGGCCCCGAACAGCCAAGACUUCCAGUAGCCGAGCUAAUUAAUCGGCAACAGCAAGUGCAGAGUAAUGUCCCAAAUCAAUCUAGUUUCUCAACUAUAGGGUCAGAGUUGCGAUUUGAUCGCGUAAGCCAAAUAAUUGCAAACUGGAAACAUAGAUUCGCUGGACCAACAGGCAUGAGCAUUGAUAUGUUUAUCUAUAGGGUCGAAGCUCUUACCAAACAGACACUAGAAGGUAAUUUUUUACUUCUAACUAGCCAUGUCAACAUUUUAUUUGAAGGGGUUGAUAGCGAUUGGUAUUGGCGUUACCACCAAAGUGUACCCCAAGUUGAAUGGAAGGCCUUAUGCAAAGCCUUACGGCAACAAUUUAAGGAAGAACGUUCAGAUGUUAGCAUUAAAGCAGAAAUUUAUCGUCGUAAACAAAAGGAAGGGGAGUCCUUUGAUGACUUUUACGAAAGUAUCAUCCUAUUAACUGAUAAGUUAUCUGAACCAUUGUCAGAAUUAUCAGUGUUAGAAUCCAUUAGGUCAAACUUAUUGCCAGAAAUUCAACAUGAGCUUUUAUAUAAGGAGAUCAGUAGCAUUUCUCAGCUAAGGAAUAUUAUUCGCAAAAGGGAAACGUUCAUGCUGACGGUCAAGCCAGGAUUGCGAAAACCUCUUCCUGCUCCUCGUAGGUUUGUGCAGGAGGUAAGUCUUGAGUCCGAAGUGGAGUCGGAUUCAGACACAGCUGAAAUUUCCGCAAUUAAUUUAUCCUGUUGGAAUUGUAGCAAGAUCGGAUACAGAUAUCAGGAUUGCUUAGCCGAACGUCGUGUGUUCUGCUAUGGGUGUGGCAAAGCAGACACCUACCUUCCUUCAUGUCCUCAUUGUCGCUCAAAAAACUACCGAGGCCGUGCACCUCUGAAAGGGGCACACAAACAAGUGGUGACGAAAGCCACCAAUACGGAGUAACCAAUAGCUGUACCCUCUCUCCCCGAUUUGACUCAACCACCAGACCAUCCUUUUACCGAAUUAUGUCCCCCCGGCGAAUCUUUCAAUAAACAUCAGAGGCAGCCUUCGCGAUCUGCACAGCGUAUUAAAGAUUUUUAUGACCAGAUAAAAAUCGAAAAACGGUUUUUAUUACCAGCAAUUAUUCUUGGCCGAUCAGUAUUUGGAUUAAUGGAUACUGGUGCCUCUAUUAGUUGUAUAGGUGGAAAACUAGCCGAAGAAAUACUGAUAGAAAAGUGUCCUGAUAAACCUGUUCAAAGUAUUGUUCAUACUGCCGAUGGAAAAUCCCAAAACAUCGUGGGCAAGAUUCGCACAGAAGUUCAGUAUAACAAUAUGACCAAAGAUAUUACUUUUUACAUCGUACCUUCGUUAAAGCAAUCACUUUAUUUAGGGAUCGACUUUUGGACAAAAUAUCAGCUAUUGCCAUAUACUAUUAUGAAACCUAGUCCAGAAAGUAAUCUCUCCGCAGUAGAUCUAGACGAUGUUCGUUUUCUAACUGAAGAACAAAAACAGCAACUGAACGACGUAGUCACAUGCUUUCCUUCUUUUGCCAAAAAGGGUCUAGGGAAAACGACCAUACUUUCCCACUCCAUUGACGUUGGCGAUUCCGUACCUAUCAAGCAGCGACAUUAUCCGGUGUUCCCAGCUAUCGAAAAACUUAUGUAUGAUGAACUGGAUCGCAUGCUUGCGUUAGGGGUUAUUGAAGAGUCGACCAGUGCGUGGUCUUCCCCUGUCGUAUUGGUCCGCAAACCCGGAAAAGUGCGAUUAUGCAUAGAUAGCCGAAAGGUGAACCAAGUGACACGUAAGGAUGCUUAUCCAAUGCCCAUCAUUGAUGACAUCCUAAGCCGGUUGCCUAAAGCGGAAUAUCUAACGAGCCUGGAUCUUAAAGAUGCCUAUUGGCAAAUCCCACUAGAGCCAAGUUCGCGUGAUAAAACAGCCUUUACGGUACCAGGUAGACCUCUCUAAGAAGAGAAAUAGCAUCUUGUUUAAGAAAAGCGGGAUUGACCAUCAAUGUUCAGAAGAGCAAAUUUUGUAGAAAGGAAGUCAGCUACUUAGGCCAUAUUGUAGGCAAUGGCGCAAUCGAGAUGGAUAUGGAUAAAAUUAGCGCUAUCGUAGAUUAUCCUGUUCCUAAGUCUGUUAAGCAAUUGCGACGAUUCCUGGGUAUGACUGGGUGGUACCAGAAAUUUAUUCGAAAUUAUGCUUCUGUCUCAGCACCUUUAACGAAUGCGUUGAAAGGAAAACUACGUUUUAAUUGGUCCGAGGCAGCUAAUGAAGCUUUUGAGAAUUUGAAAAAGCAGCUUUGUAAUGCCCCAGUGUAACAUACCCCUGAUUUUCAACGGCCGUUUUAUAUCCACUGUGACGCCAGCCACACCGGCGUUGGUGGCGUGCUUAUGCAGAUAAAUGACGAAGGUGACGAAGUUCCUAUUUCUUACAUGUCCAAGAAACUUAAUCAAUGUCAGAGAAAUUACUCGGUCACCGAAAAAGAAUGCUAAGCGGCUAUAUUAAGCAUAAAAAAAUUUCGUGCGUAUGUUGAAGGACAUGCGUUCACCGUCAUUACCGACCAUGCGUCGUUGAAAUGGUUGAUGAAUCAAUCUGACCUAAGCAGUAGACUAGCCCGUUGGGCUUUAAAGCUCCAGGGUUAUGACUUUACGAUACAGCAUCGCAAGGGUAGUCGAAACAUCGUCCCUGAUGCGCUGUCACGGACGCACGCUAACGAUCUCUCGGCGAUUGAGGUUGAUUUAAACUCAGCAGCUUUUGAAGUACCGAGCUAUCAGGAGUUGAAGAAAAAAAUUGAGCAAGGAAGUCUUCUAAGUCCCGACAUAAAAGUUGUAAACGGUUAUGUGUAUCGUCGUACCGAGCAUGCUUCGGCUGAGCAAGUUGCUGAUGAAUUAGUUUGGAAACUUUGGUUACCUUCGGAAUUAGUGCCAGUAGCUAUUAAGGCUGCCCAUGACGACCCUUUAGCUUCUCAUAUUACUUUUGGCCUAUCUGGUAACCGAUGUUCGCAAUUAUAUUAAUCAAUGCGAGGUCUGCAAAAGCACUAAGCAUCCUAACCAAUUGCUUAGACCACCGUUAGCCAAAAGUAACGACCAGUAUGCGAUUAUUUCAAAGGCUAUACGUGGAUUAUUUGGGUCCCUACCCUCGGACAAAGUCUGGCCACAUUGGCAUAUUCAUAGUCCUUGACAUUUUAGCAAAUUUCCUUUUCUAAAAGCAGUAAAAAAAUUUACUGUGGAUGCAAUCGUGCCGUAUAUGGAAGAAUUAUUCCAUUGCUUUGGCGUACCUGAAACUAUCGUAUCUGAUAACGGUGUGCAAUUUAAGUCGCACGCGUUUAACAAUCUGUUAACUAGCUAUAGAAUUAACCACGCCUACACUGUUUCAUAUGCACCACAAGGAAACGCAUCUGAGCGAGUAAAUCGAUCCGUUCCGGCUGCCAUUAAAGCCUAUGUCCAUCCGAAUCAGACCAACUGGGACGAGAACCUCAGUAAGAUUAGCUGUGCACUUCGCUCAAGUUUUCACACUGCCGUACAGCAAACGCCGUAUCGCCUUGCUUUCGGACAACACAUGAUAACUAAUGGUUCUACCUACGAAUUGUUACGACGAUUGAAUCUGUUAGAAGAUAGAUCCAUUGUAUUUAAUAGGGACGAUUCGUUCGAUAUCAUGAGAGAGCAAGCUAAAGAAAAGGUGGUAAAGCAACAUGCGCGCAACGAAAAGGCGUACAACAUGCGUAGUCGAGAAGUAUCGUAUGCGGUAGGUCAAGAAAUUUACCGUAGAAACUUCCAACAGAGCCAUUUUGCAAAAGGUUUCAAUGCCAAGUUAGCUCCAGCUUUCUUAAAAGCUCGAGUGAGAAGAAAACUAGGCUCGGCAUAUUAUGAGCUUGAGGAUUUACAAGGACGAAUUGUUGGAAAGUUUCACGCGAAGGAUUUUAAACAAUAGUUUCCGUUCCAAGCAUGGAUCACCCUUGAUUGUCUAAUCAAGCGUGAUUUUAGUGGGGGGGAUUUGAAGUGGCGCUAGUCACAGUUUUGGGAUAGUCCGAAAGUAUCAUUAUCGGGGUUAGGAACUUGCUUUAAGUAGGGCCACCUACCCAUUAACCUAUAUCUACCAAUAUCCUAUAUCUUCUAUCGAAAUUGCAAGCUUACACUGUAAUAGAUAAAAAAACGCAACCUGGGCAUACUAGUGAACGCCAUGCCGGUCGUUCUCUUUCCGUUUUAACCUUGGAGGUGAUCAGACGUACAGGUGCGACCAACCAAAAAAACACACCCACGUUUUCUUGCUAAUUUUUUUUAUAUUUCGAUAUUCUUCGGUGAGUUAGUUUCUAAAGUGAAAUUCGCUUUUGCUAAUUAUUUUCGUCUUUAGUACCCAAGCCCAGAUUAGAAAUCCCAAAAAACUGUAUUUAAAUUUGGGGUUAUUUCGGUGCCAGAUCAAAGCUUCUGGCACCUUGUGCUACCCACAAGCAACCGCCGGCUCCAAGCCGUACCACCAGAGCAGCACGUCCAGCAGAGUAGCCGAUGCACAUCGAUCAUCAGAACAUCUCUUUUGGCCGCAGCCAUCGGAUGACCUAUGUUCAAGUGUUAUUAGUGUGAAUUAAUCUACCCCCCGCAAAAG